AUGUACAAGCGUCGAGAUUACGUGGAGCUCUACGAGAAGGAUCAGGCCAAAUGGGCGCUGGUUCGCAACGUCAACACAGUGAUGAAGCACAGUACACUGCUGCCGGGAGACUACGUCUGGUUGGACCUGAAGACUGGACGGGAGUUUGAGGUUCCAAUCGGCGCCGUUGUCAAACUCUGUGACUCGGGACAAAUCCAGGUGGUGGACGAUGAAGGAAAUGAACACUGGAUCUCCCCCCAGAACGCCACCAACAUCAAGCCGAUGCACCCUACUUCCAUCCAUGGCGUGGAGGACAUGAUCCGGCUGGGAGACCUCAACGAAGCCGGCAUCCUCCGCAAUCUUCUCAUCAGAUACAGAGAAAAACUCAUAUACACGUACACAGGCUCCAUCCUGGUGGCCGUCAACCCUUAUCAGCUGCUGCCCAUCUACUCUGCCGAUCAGAUCCGUCUCUACACCAACAAGAAGAUUGGUGAAAUGCCGCCUCAUAUCUUCGCCAUUGCAGAUAACUGCUACUUUAACAUGCAGAGGAAUAACCGGGACCAGUGUUGUAUCAUCAGUGGAGAGUCUGGAGCAGGAAAGACAGAAAGCACCAAACUGAUCCUGCAGUUCCUGGCAGCCAUCAGUGGGCAGCACUCCUGGAUAGAACAACAGGUUCUGGAGGCCAACCCUAUACUGGAAGCUUUUGGUAAUGCCAAAACAAUCCGCAAUGACAACUCAUCUCGUUUUGGAAAAUACAUUGACAUCCACUUCAACAAGAGAGGAGCUAUAGAAGGAGCCAAGAUCGAGCAAUACCUGCUGGAGAAAUCCAGAGUCUGUCGACAGGCUCAUGAUGAGAGAAACUAUCACAUCUUUUACUGCAUGCUGAAGGGCAUGACGGCAGAAGAGAAGAAGAAACUGGAGCUGAGCAAAGCCACCGACUACACCUACCUGACCAUAGUGAGUACCACCUCACCCUCAGUGGACAGUAAGGAUCUGAUGAACUGUUUAACCAGCCGAACGCUGAUCACCAGGGGAGAAACGGUCUCCACCCCCCUCAGCAAGGAGCAAGCUCUGGAUGUACGAGAUGCUUUCGUUAAGGGUAUUUAUGGACGUUUGUUUGUGUGGAUUGUGGAGAAGAUCAACGCAGCCAUCUACAAGCCGACAUCCUCACACCCCAAAGCUCUCAGACGCUCCAUUGGACUGCUGGACAUAUUUGGCUUUGAGAAUUUUGCUGUUAACAGCUUCGAGCAGCUCUGCAUCAAUUUCGCCAACGAGAACCUGCAGCAGUUCUUCGUGCGUCACGUCUUCAAGCUGGAGCAGGAGGAGUACAACCUGGAAAACAUCAACUGGCAGCACAUCGAGUUCACCGACAACCAGGACGCUCUGGACAUGAUCGCCAUCAAACCCAUGAAUAUCAUCUCGCUCAUCGACGAGGAGAGCAAGUUUCCAAAGGGCACAGACGCCACCAUGCUGAACAAACUCAACUUUCAGCACAAACUCAACACAAACUACAUCCCGCCCAAGAACAACUACGAGACCCAGUUUGGGAUUCAGCACUUCGCAGGAGUUGUUUUCUACGAAACCAAAGGUUUCCUGGAGAAAAACCGAGACACAUUAUAUGGAGACAUCAUCCAGCUCGUCCACUCCUCCAAAAAUAAGUUCAUCAAGCAAAUCUUCCAGGCGGACGUCGCUAUGGGGGCGGAAACCAGGAAACGCUCUCCGACUCUGAGCAGCCAGUUUAAAAGAUCUCUGGAGCUGCUGAUGAGGACCCUGGGCGUCUGUCAGCCUUUCUUUGUGCGCUGCAUCAAACCCAACGAGUACAAGAAACCCAUGCUCUUUGACCGGGAGCUGUGCGUGCGACAGCUCAGGUACUCCGGGAUGAUGGAGACCAUUCGGAUCCGACGCGCUGGAUAUCCCAUCCGCUACACGUUCGUGGAGUUUGUUGACCGCUACAGAGUGCUGAUGCCUGGAGUCAAACCAGCGUACAAACAGGAGGACCUGAGGGGAACCUGUCAGAGGAUCGCUGAGGCCGUGCUCGGCAGGGACGACGACUGGCAGAUGGGAAAAACCAAGAUCUUCCUCAAGGACCACCACGACAUGCUGCUGGAGAUCGAGCGGGAUAAGGCCAUCACAGACAAGGUCAUCCUCAUCCAGAAGGUGGUUCGAGGUUUUAAAGACAGAUCCAACUUUCUGAGGAUCAGGAAGUCUGCGGUGUUGAUCCAGAAGACUUGGAGAGGGUUUUACUGUCGGAAGAACUACGGAGCUAUGCGAGCGGGCUUCUCCCGCCUGCAGGCUCUGGUUCGCUCCAGGAAGUUGUGCGCGUCGUAUCACGUGGCCCGCCAGAGAAUCACGGGCUUCCAGGGCCGCUGCCGGGGCUUCCUGGUGCGUCGGGCCUUCAGGCACCGGCUGUGGGCGGUGCUCACCGUCCAGGCCUACACCAGAGGCAUGAUCGCCCGCCGUCUCUACAAGAGGCUGAAGGGGGAGUACCGCCGGAGGUUGGAGGCUGAGAAGAUGCGUCUGGCUGAAGAGGCCAAACUGAGGAACCAGAUGUCUGCAAAAAGAGCCAAGGCCGAGGCUGAACGCAAACACCAGGAGCGACUGGCCAAGCUGGCCAAAGAUGACGCUGAGCGAGAGAAGACGGAGAAGGAAGAAGCUCGGAGGAAGAAGGAGAUGGUCGAGCAGAUGGAGAAGGCCCGGUCCGAGCCCGUCAACGACUCCGACAUGGUGGACAAGAUGUUCGGCUUCCUGGGGACGACCAGUUCUUUACCGGGUCAAGAAGGACAAGCGCCCGCUGGCUUUGAGGAUCUGGAGCACACUCAUCACGAGCUGAUGGAGGAGGAUCUGGACGAGGCUCUUCCUCUUCCUGAAGACGAUGAAGAGGAGGAUUUGUCAGAGUACAAGUUCGCCAAGUUUGCGGCGACCUACUUCCAGGGCACCACCACACACACCUACGUUCGAAGACCUCUGAAGCAGCCGCUGCUGUUCCACGAGGACGAGGGAGACCAGCUGGCCGCUCUGGCCGUGUGGAUCACCAUUCUGAGGUUUAUGGGAGAUCUGCCGGAGCCCAAAUACCACACGGCCAUCAGCGACGGCAGCGAGAAGGUCCCCGUCAUGACCAAAAUCUACGAGACGCUGGGGAAAAAGACGUACAAGAGAGAGCUGCAGGCGCUGCAGGAGGAGGGGGAGACGCCUCGCUCCGACAGCCACAAGAAAAACAGCGUCCGACAUAAACUGGUCUCGCUCACCCUGAAGAAGAAGUCCAAGAUCACAGAGGAGGUCACCAAGCGCCUUAACGAUGGGGAGUACAGUCUCCAUGGCAACAGCAUGCUGGAGGACCGACCAACUUCCAACUUGGAGAAACUUCACUUCAUCAUCGGCAACGGGAUCCUGAGGCCAGCACUGAGGGAUGAGAUCUACUGUCAGAUCUGUAAGCAGCUGAGUCAGAACCCGUCCAAGAGUUCUCACGCUCGCGGCUGGAUCCUCAUCUCGUUGUGCGUCGGCUGCUUUGCUCCGUCCGACAAAUUUCUCAAGUACCUGAGGAACUUCAUCAGGAGCGGACCUCCAGGCUACGCUCCGUACUGCGAGGAGCGUCUGAGACGAACGUUCGUUAACGGGACCAGAACUCAACCUCCGUCCUGGUUGGAGCUGCAGGCCACCAAGUCGAAGAAGCCCAUCAUGCUGCCGGUGACCUUCAUGGACGGCACGACUAAAACGCUGCUGACGGACUCGGCCACCACGGCUAAAGAGCUUUGCAGCGCCCUGUCCGACAAGGUCAACCUGAAGGACCGCUUCGGGUUUUCACUCUACAUUGCUCUGUUUGAUAAGGUGUCCUCUCUGGGCAGCGGGAACGACCACGUGAUGGACGCCGUGUCGCAGUGUGAGCAGUACGCCAAGGAGCAGGGGGCUCAGGAGAGGAACGCCCCCUGGAGGCUGUUCUUCAGGAAGGAGAUCUUCACACCCUGGCACAGCCCCUCUGAAGACCAGGUGGCCACCAACCUCAUCUACCAACAGAUCGUCAGAGGCGUCAAGUUUGGAGAAUACCGCUGCGACAGGGACGACCUGGCAGAGCUGGCCUCGCAGCAGUAUUACAUCGAUUACGGGUCGGAGAUCCUCCUGGAGCGUCUGCUGAGCCUCAUCCCGUCCUACAUCCCUGACAGAGAGAUCAGUAGCUCCAAAUCUGUGGAGAAGUGGGCUCAUUUCAUCAUGGCUGCUCACAAAAAGGGUAUCUACGCUCAGAAGAGGUUCGACACUCAGAAGGUGAAGGAAGAAGUUGUGGACUUCGCCCGCCACAAGUGGCCUUUGUUGUUCUCUCGUUUCUAUGAAGCCUUCAAGUUCUCAGGUCCUAGUCUGCCUAAAAAUGACCUGAUCGUGGCCGUAAACUGGACCGGGAUCUACUUUGUGGACGAGCAGGAGCAGGUCCUCUUAGAACUCUCUUUCCCAGAAAUCACUGCUGUUUCCAGCAGCAGGGGAGGGAAGCUGCAGGGGCAGAGCUUCACCUUGGCCACCAUCAAAGGAGACGAGUACACCUUCACCUCCAACAACGCAGAAGACAUCCGCGACCUGGUGGUGAUCUUCCUGGAGGGUCUGAGGCAGAGGUCAAAGUUUGUUGUGGCGCUGCAGGACCACUCUGCUGGUGAAGGGUCGACGUUCCUCAGCUUCCUGAAGGGGGACCUGAUCAUGUUGGACCAGGACCUCGGAGAGCAGGUUCUAACCUCUGGCUGGGCUCAUGGCAUCAACGAACGAACCAAUCAGAGAGGAGAUUUCCCAGCUGACUGCGUCUACGUCCUGCCCUCCAUGACCCGACCUCAGCAGGAAAUAGUUGCGAUGGUUACCAUGACGCCAGACCAGCGUCAGGAAUCGGCUCGGGCCUCACAGAUCAUCCUGCCGGAGACGGAGGGUCGACUGAAACCGUACACACUGGAGGAGUUCUCCUACGACUACUUCAGACCUCCUCCCAAACACACUCUGAGCAGAGUGAUGGUUGCAAAGAAUCGUGGGAAAGACAAGCUGUGGAGCUGCACCAGAGAGCCGCUGAAGCUGCCGCUGCUGAAGAAGGUCGUGAACCACGAGGACCUGGCCCAGGAGGCCUGCAUGGCCUUCAUCGCCAUUAUGAAGUACAUGGGUGACUACCCGUCCAGACGGACCCGCUCCGUUAACGAGCUGACGGACCAGAUCUUUGAAGGAGCUCUUAAGGCCGAACCCCUGAAGGACGAGAUCUUCUGUCAGAUCAUCAAACAGCUCACCGACAACCACGUCAAGUACAGUGAAGAGAAGGGCUGGGAGCUGCUGUGGUUGAGCACCGGUCUGUUUCCUCCCAGCAACUUGCUGCUGCCGCACAUCCAGCGCUUCCUGCAGUCCAAGAAACACCACCCGCUGUCUGCAGACUGCAUGCAGAGGCUGCACAAAGCUCUACGAAACGGGUCCAGAAAAUAUCCGCCUCACCUGGUGGAGGUGGAGGCCAUCCAACAUAAAACCACCCAGAUCUUCCACAAGGUUUACUUCCCCGACGACACAGACGAGGCGUUCGAGGUGGAGUCCAGCACGAAGGCAAAGGAUUUCUGUCAGAACAUUUCCAGCAGACUGCUGCUCAAAUCUCCUGAAGGCUUCAGCCUGUUUGUGAAGAUCUCAGACAAGGCGAUCAGCGUGCCUGAAGGAGACUUCUUCUUCGACUUCGUCCGACAUCUGACCGACUGGAUCAAGAAGUCUCGCCCGGCUAAAGACGGGAUGCUGCCGUCUCUGACAUAUCAGGUGUUCUUCAUGAAGAAGUUGUGGACCAGCACCGUUCCGGGGAAGGAUUCCUUCGCUGACUCCAUUUUUCACUACUACCAGGAGCUUCCUAAAUAUUUGCGUGGCUACCACAAAUGUUCACGAGAGGAGGUCUUCCAGCUCGGAGCGCUCAUUUAUCGCGUCAAGUUUGAGGACGACAAAUCGCACUUUCCUACAAUUCCCAAGAUGCUUCGGGAGCUGGUUCCCCAGGACCUCAUCCGGCAGAUGUCCCCAGAUGACUGGAAGAGAUCUAUAGUUGCGUACUUCAAUAAACACCCCGGAAAAUCACGGGAGGAGGCCAAACUCCUGUUCCUGAAGGUCAUCUACAAAUGGCCGACGUUUGGCUCCGCCUUCUUUGAGGUUAAGCAAACCACAGAACCGAACUACCCGGAGAUCCUGCUGAUCGCCAUCAACAAACAUGGAGUCAGUCUGAUCGACCCGAAGACGAAGGACAUCCUGACCACCCACCCCUUCACCAAGAUCUCUAACUGGAGCAGCGGGAACACCUACUUCCACAUCACCAUUGGCAAUCUGGUGAAAGGGAGCAAGCUGCUGUGUGAAACGUCCCUGGGCUACAAGAUGGACGACCUCCUGACCUCCUACAUCAGUCAGAUGCUGACCAGCAUGAACCGCCAGCGAAGUGGGCGGGGCCAGGGAAAGUGA